AUGGGCUCCGUUGCACACUCCACAGCAGAGCUUGAUGCCUCUGUGGUCAAGAUCACUCGGUCGACAAAUCUCCGCCCGGUCCCUGAACCCGGCUCGCCCGAGGAAUUGAGCCAUUCGUACUGUACGGACCAUAUGGUCACUGCCCGAUGGACCGUGGCCAAUGGCUGGGAAACUCCCGAAGUGAAACCAUUCGAGAACCUUAGCAUCCCUCCCACCGCAUCUUGCUUGCACUAUGCCACCGAAUGUUUUGAGGGUAUGAAGGUGUACAGAGGAUAUGAUGGCAAAUUGCGUCUGUUCCGACCGGAUUGCAACGGAGAGAGACUGCUCAUGAGUUCUCAAAGAGCGUCUCUGCCUAGCUUCCGGUAUGAAGAGCUGAAGGUUCUCAUUGCCAAGUUGCUCCAGAUCGAUGGACCCCGCUGGCUUCCCAAGGACCAACCCGGUCGCUUCCUCUAUCUUCGCCCUACAAUCAUCGGCAACGGCCCUCAUUUGGGUGUCCAGACUCCCAAGGAGGCCCUCCUUUUCAUUAUCGCCGUACCAUGGCCUGAUCCUUCCAAGCUGAAGAAGCCUGAACAAGGCACUAAACCCGGCUUGAAGCUUCUCGCCUCAACCCCCGAUACUAUCCGUGCCUGGCCAGGUGGUUUCGGCUAUGCAAAGCUCGGAGCGAACUACGGUCCCUCGUUGGUUGCGCACGGCAAAGCUCAAGCUCUCGGCUUUGACCAGAUUCUCUGGCUAUUUGGCGAGGACCGUCAGGUAACUGAGGCGGGUGCUAGCAACUUCUUCAUUGUUUGGGACAACAAGGAAACCGGAAAAAUUGAGCUUGUCACGGCACCCCUGGAGAACCAGUUGAUUCUUCCCGGUAUUACUCGCCGUAGUGUCCUUCAGCUGGCACGCUCAGAAUUGGCCAAGUCUACCGGUCCCCUUGCUCCGGUAGAGGUUGUCGAGAAGACCUUCACUAUUGGUGAAGUCGAACAAGCUUGGAAAGAGGGCCGCAUCAUCGAAGCUUUCGUCUGCGGUACUGCCUUCUUUGUCACCCCAAUUAAGCUUAUCCGGAACGGCGAUAUUGAUAUGGAUAUGCUGGAGGCUGGGGCAGCCCGGGCCGGAUAUGCUGCCCAGAUUAAAUCUUGGCUCGAGGCCAUCAUGUACGGUAAGGAUGGCAAGGAAAAUCAUGAAUGGUCCUACAUCAUUGAAGGAGAAAGCGAAAAAUGA